UUAACAUACUUCUUACUCCCUCUGACUAUGAUGGUUCAAUUGUAUUUUUCAAAUCACAAAUUAUGAUAUCAUUGUACACAAAUUGUGGAUAUGUAACUAUCUUUAAUCUACAGUAUUACCCUUUUUCCUCAACAAUGGAAGAUGGUGAUCAUGAUGAACUCCUUCAAGGAACUGACGAUGAAUCAGUCUCUGAUACAGAGGACCAUUGUAUACCUUCUAGCAGAAAAAAUUCUGAUGAUUCACAUCACAGGCACACCAUCACCUACUUCCAUCAUACUAAACUUGAGUUUCUGACUACCAAGAUCACUCUUAUCUUCUCAUCUACAGUAAUGCUGAUCCUGCUUCCACUGUACUUGGACUCUAUUAAUGUCAAAGGCAAUGCUUACUCCUUGAUUUUGAUGAACACGUUGAUAUCAACGCUCUUGUUUGUCAUCACAAUGGUGAUAGCAAAAUUCUUCUGUGAAAAGUAUAGAAACAUUGGCAUUACAAGCUUUCCAGUGAGGUUUUUUAAGUUGCUGCAACUUGCAUUGGUAUACUUCCUCUGCGCAUUUAUGAUCAUCUAUGCCCUGGACAGAAAGCGAGUGGUGUGUCAUUUGCAGGACCCUAUUAAAGGCAUUGUACUUGUGUUUUCACUGCUGUACUACUUCUUCUUCUGUAGAAAAUUGAUGGGACUGCAGCGGAUCUUUUCUGCCACAACUAUAAUCGUUGGUCUGUUCAUCUCGAUCGACUACGGCCUUUGUGACGAGUUCCGUUGCAGGGGGUACGAAAGGGAGAGAAUAGCGGAUGACGCGGGAAGGUGGAGCUGGCACACUCACGUCGCUUGGACUAUCGUGUAUGUUGCAGGAUUGGCGCUUUUUGCUGCCUACUUUUCCCUCCUCGACCUAUACGUGCUCGAUAAUGGAGAAAUGGAAUGUCACCAAGUCAACAUUCCGUCUUCGUUUUUGAGCACAGUAUCUCGGUCUGUUUCUUUUCCAAGCUCAAACAACGCAGCUUCUUCUCAGUUCAUCACUUCCUCCUCGGAUCCCUCGCAUCUUACCAAAAAACACUCUGUCGUACAUUUGGCGAUGUGGCUGCACAUAUUCGGACUAGUUAUAAUCUUAGCUCUGUUUUGGACUGAUCUUACGCCAACUCUGGGAAAGGGUAAAAACUUCGCGGAGUUUUGGAACUACACGCUGAACGGUAUGAUGUGCCACUUUGAGAAACCAGUUCCUCCUAACCUGGGACCUCCGCCAUGCGGAAACGUCUUCCUGUACUCAUGGUUCUUCAUGUGUUCCUAUGUUUUGUUUGUGGUUAUGUCCAUGAAGUUCCUUAUCUUAUCUCAAUCAGCAGUCUACACCAUAGCCACCAUGUCUACUUCGCUGCCCUUUGUAGGAAUUUGGUGGUCACUCUUCCAUGCUGCUCCCCAUACUACAGGCCUGCUGAUUUGGUCACCAUCAGUAACCGGCGAGUUGAUCUGCUCCUUAUUGGGGUUGCCCAUCGUUAUGGUUGGUCUCUAUUUAUUAUGCAAGACUCAUUUCAAGGAUUACCAAUGGUCGAGAAUUGCUAGAACACAAGUUGGGUCAAAUAACAUAUUAGCUUAAGCUCGGCAUGUACCAAAUGACGAGAUGCGUGCUUUAGUUGUUAGUUUCGUUAGGUUAAAAGCUGGAUCACCAACUUUCAUUAAGGAGUUAUAGGUGAAAAAGUAUUUAUCAAUACUUAAACACGUCAAAUAUUUUGAUUCUAGUCUGGUGUGCCAAAUUUUGUGAUUUACAUCUUCGGAUGUAUACGUUUAUUUUCUUUUAAUCCAGCUUCUUACCAUUCACAGCAUACUGUGGUAUGCUCAUUGCUGAUGCUUAGGAAAUAUGUUUUGUGAAUUGGUAUUAAAACGAAGAAAAUGUUUUUGCAUUAUUUCCUAUCUAUAAAGCUAUCUGUGUAAAUCGUGAACGACAAUCCCCUUUGGAGAGUUGUUUAGAUAAAACAAUGCUGAUGCAUUUGUGCAUGAAAUAUCUAUGUUUGAAUUAAGCAUUUUUUAUCAUCAAUAACAUCAUGUCAGUAUGGAAACCCUUAUCUUUGUCAAGCAAAUACUUUAUCGAAUAAAUUAUCUGAACAUUAUUAUGACGAGAGGGUAUCCUAUUCAUAAAAAGUAGGAAAUUUGUAGGUGCGUUCUAAUACCAGUUCAAAAAAUUGUGAUUUUGAAACACUUUUUAUUUUGUGAUACUGAUUUUAGUAUUUGCUUUAAAUAAAGAAAUAAGUUGUUUAAAUAUUCGACGAGAGAAAAGCAAAAUUCUACUUAUUUCCCAAUGAAGACUGAUUUUUAAUAGAUCUUACCAAAUACCCUCGAAAUAAUAGUGAUAUAAAGAACUUUGAUACACUGCUCGACAAUUCAAACACAUUAUAAUAUUUAGGAUUUUGAAGUUACAAUUUCUUAGUCUGUUAAUCUUAACUUUGAUUUGUAAACACCACGUCGUCGCGGCUUUUGUGAUAUUUUGCAAUGAUUCUGUAUGAAGUCAGCUUUCAAACCGCUUCAAUCAAACGUAUUUGAGAGGUAAUACUUUCAAGCAAAUAUUAUUUCAUGAAUCUCAGUGCUGAAAAAGUUGAGCAGCGUAUGCAGAUCCUUAAAGAAUAAACUAAAACAACAUCCUGUUAUUGUUUUUUUCAUUGGCAUAUUGUAUGAAUAUGGUUGUUAUCAAAUUGCAUUUGAUUAUAUACAUGCAUUUUUCGGAUAGAUGUUAUACAUUGCUAGUAUGCUAUAGAUUAUAAGUGAAAUGUAUUAACUAUAUAUUAUAAAAGUUAUAUAAUAUGUUUAGAUGCCUCGAUAAAUUAUAUAUUAAAUUAUUCAUAAAUGAAGGUUUGGUACUCUCCAUCUGUGGCUAAUAGUACUGAGACUUCGCGAUAUUUAUAAAGUGGUAUGCUCGCGUAUACUCGGCUGCUGAAGCAAAGCGAAAUGCUGCUCGUUCUUUAACGAAUGUUUCGCCAAUGUGGAUCUUAAAGUAGAAUCUUAUUAGAUGUAUGAUUUUGUUAAAACGAAUACAUCUUUUGAUGUUCGGAUGAGAGUACUAAAGCCCGUUAAAACCGAACAGAAGUUCCAGAAUUUUUAUUUUACCGAAAAAGAAUUAUAGGUCACUGUAAUUCUGUAGUCGUUUCUUAUAGGCCCAGACCUCAUGACUCAAAUGCAGUUUAUAUCAAAGUUCGUUAACAGGGUUGGCUACCCCAGCCCGCCGCAAAUGCCACUACAGCGGUAAUUUCAACAAAGGCCGCGUGACACGAUAUGAAAUUAGUUAUAAGAAUUGGCAUUAAAUUUUUAUACGACAGUUGACAACCUGUCAAGAUGGACAAUGUGUUGACAGUUAUAUCCUACAAAUCUGAUGCUGAUAUGCUGGCUUGCCGAAUUCUUAGCCAGUUGUGGUAAGGAAAGUAAACAUCCUCCAUUGGCAUCUAACAUAAUUUCACUUACUUUUUUCAGUUGUCUUUGACAAAUUUCAUAUCGUAUCAUGCGGCUUCUCGUCUAGUGAAAAUUUAUUCCUAUACAAUGCCUCAUGGAGUGCUACUGUCGCAUCUGUAUAUGGAGGAAAAUACAAGUGGCAACAUGGAAAGAAAAUACAACUGACAUCGACUCAGGGGCGUGUUGGCGGUAAUAACCUACAAAUGUUCACUUUACAAGUGUCGAUAUGCUGUGUUGCCGAAUGUUCAGUUAGUAAGGAAAGCAGUAGUGUAUUCAGAGAAAUCCAAAUAUCAGUGACGAGCUAAUGUGUAUAGAGAGAAGCGUGCAAUACUUAUGUUAGAAGGAAUGCGCCGAUGGCACUCAGGCUGCUAGGCAACAUGGUGCUUCUAUGGCUUUCUAACAUACUUAUUGUAUGGUUUCCUCUCGUAUACAUUAUACCGUCAGAGAUUUAUUGGAUUUCUCUGUAGAUCUUUACCAAUUUUAAUCUCCAAAAGUGAUUUGAAAAAGACGGCCCUACUUCAUAUGUGCAAGAGCGAGUAGUAGCUGUGUUGAGGAUUAUUUAGCGCAGUGUGAAAAAAGCUAGUUGAUUCCCCUUUGCUUAUUUCAUAUCGCACUGAUACGUAACUGUCAAAAUCAUGGAAAAUACCUAUAUUUCCGUAUUAUUAUUAUUAUUAUUAUAUUAUAUUAGAUUGACAGGUUUAUUUUAUCUAGAGUUUUUCUAAGUAUAUCCUAAGUAUAUGAGUACGAUACUAGCGCUCCAGCAUGCGAUGUAUAGGACCAAUAUCUGAUCCUUCAAAUGAAAUAUUUUUUGUGCGUCUCGAUGGUUUCUGGUGUUAAAUAUCAAUUUAACGAAACGACAUUAACGUUUCCUACAUUUUAUAUCUCUACUAUGAUUCAUAAGUAUUAUCGAUAAAAAUAACACAUCUCCAUUCAACGGAGUGUUCUUAAAAUUUGUAGCAGACUAUACUUUACAUACACGGUGAGAUUGAAAUUUGGCUGACGUCGUCAUCUAUACGAGAGAGAAGCGCGAUAAGCAUAUGUUAGAAAGAGAUAGAAGCACCUCGUUGCCUAGCAACCCGAGUACGAGGUCCCGGAAGCCAUUGGCGCACCCUUUGUAACAUACGUAUUGCGUUCUCUUGUACACAUUGCGGCAUCAGUGGUAUUUGAUUUUCAGUGUAGAAAAAAAUGACUUGUGAAGUAGACUUUCAAGUGGUACAAAAUAUAGGCCAGCAUAUGAUACGGACUAUGUUGUUGUUGUAGUGAUUUAUAUAUAGACUUGUAGAUUGUUAUCGUGUAGUCGUUGCUCUGCUAUAAGGAAAACAUUCAAAUUGCAAUUUGGCUCAUUGAUUCCAAUAUCCGGAAAUAAAGACAAAGACUUUAGAUAAUCAUACAGUGCCGUCAAACGUACAAUUUGUUUUGAUGUUUUUACUAUAUAGCUAUUUAUUACGCUGAUAAUCUUUGAACACUUGCUAGCAGUGAUGGGCGCAUUGUUUAUGUUAUAUAAAAUACACCAUUGUCUACGUGUAAACAGUUGUUUUUUUCUUCAUCUUGAUAUUCAUGUAGAUAGAUUGUAGAGAAAGUAAACAAUUUAGACGAUAAUAGAGGAUUGCUCAUUGCUUAUGCGAGGCGUUUUAAUGAAAUUUUAAUAAUAGCAUUCAGGAGAAGUCACACAAUUGGCUAUUUUUCAAGUACGAGGUACUAAAUUGUACUUAUAUAAGUAGGUUUUCCGGAAACUAAGAGCCGUAUCGUCAGUCGUUCCUACAAUUGUAGGACGCCUUAAUGGUCUCCUUGAUUGUCAUAGUCUUUUCUCUCCUUCAAAUAUUUCUAGAUUGCACCUGUUCCAUGUCGGCGUCAGCGCUCUCCUAUUGUGAAGUUGUGUUUUAUUUUUCAAUUGUAGGAAAUUUCAGGCUGAUAAAACAUGAUAUAAAUUAAAACCAUGAACAAUUUGAUGCAAAUAGAUAUCGCUGACCUCAAAAUAGAGCGCUGACAGGGAAAGGUAGAGAACUAAGUCGCCCACUGGCUUCUUUCUGCCCUACUUUGGUAAAGUAACUUCAGCGCCUGCUAUGUAUAGAUUGGAUGAAUGAUCAUAUCAUCCGGUGGUAUAUUAUCAAUUUACAUUUAUGUCUAUUUAUUCUAUUUUAUUUUUUUAAUAACCAACGGUAAAGUACACUAUAAUUUUUUAUUAAUAACUCACUCGACUAUACGGUGACCCAUUUUAAUCUCCCCACCUGAACUGCGCAUUCUGGAAAAAGUUUUAAACGAAAUUUGUAGGAUUUCGAGGUGGCAAAAUGAUGCUGACUCAGACUGUAACCAUGACCAGGACCUUCAAGGUCAUUUCAAGGUUAAUGAAUCAUUUGUCAAAUUGUUCCUAACAUCAAAUCAACUAAAUGCAUGCCGUCUUCAUUUCCGUUUAUUUUCUCUGCCGAAUUCGCUGUUUUGUGGAAACAAAUACAAGAUAAAGAACCAAUUCAUGGGUCUUUCAUAUUCUUUGACGUUUGCCAGUAAACUUGCCGUUACUAAGAAGACUUAUUGUCCACGUGAAAAUGUAAACAAAUAAAGCCUACGCGUAAACGCUCAUCACUGCUUGCUAGCUUGAAUUAUUAUAAGAAAAACUAAGCCAAAUGUUCCUUUUUAUGUAUAAUAUUAUAAAGGUAGUGGAUAUACAUUUGAAAUGUUUUUAAUGUCUACUAGUGUCAAACAAGUAUCUGUUGUUGCUUUGUACUUAAUGUAAAAUUAUAACUGCAUUUAAUUGUAAUCUUGCUGAUAUUGCGAUGCGCCAAACAGUAAAACCGUCUUUUAAUUGCUAAUAUAAAGUCCAGAAUCCGUCUUUGUGCCAACGAAAUAAUAUUUUCUGAUACAUACUAGUAUACAUUUGUUUAAUUUCGACUUACAAUUUUAAAGAGUUGCGCUCUGUUUUUUUUUUCAUAAAUAGGGUCGUUACAAUACUGUAUUCGAGAAUAAUAGUUACAAUAAGUAGUGCUCCACUUAUUUAUGGAUUUAAAAAUGAUUAAAAUAAUAAUUAGUUUUAUGUGAUAUUUUUUAGGAUGGGCUAGAUUUAUAGUGUAGAGGAUAGCUAGUUCACACCCAUUUUAGAUCAGAUUUAUAUAAAAUAUAUAGUCGAAACAGUCGCAGUACAGGGUUAUUCUUAAUAAGUGUACAAUACUUCACAGGAUGAUCCCUUAUGUGUCUUUUAAGACAAACGUUUCAACAGCGUGAUAAUUUCUUCGCCACUGACGAAACUAAAUAAUGAAUGUUGUUCAAAUAAUGCUAUAGUAAGUUAGUUUUUUAAAACACCACACACAACUUUCAAUAGUGAAUGAAUGAAUGAAUCUUAAAAUUAGAGGCAUCCGGGCCACCAUAAGGAGCCAGUGCAUAGGCCGCUUAAGCGGGCCCUUAUGCACCUCUACAAUCCUUAAAUCACAAGCCUCGCCCUUUUAGCGAAGUUGAGAAUCGCCUUGAGUCCAAGCUCCUUGA